UGCCUGCCCCCUUGUGUUUUUGUGCAGAAUAAGUCAAAGCAGCUCCUGUUUGCAGCUCUCUGGAAUCAGUCAAAAUGCCGGUAGAUUUAAGCCAGUGGACAGGGAAUCUUGCCCUAACAGAGGUGGAUGAGAAGCCUGCACAGACCCUCCAUGUCAAGUAUGGCUCUCUUGAAAUCGACGAGUUGGGCAAAGUGCUCACGCCAACACAGGUGCAGAGCCGUCCCACCUCUAUAGGGUGGGAGGGGUGUGACUCUACAAAGCUGUACACCCUGGCCAUGACCGACCCCGACGCACCCAGCAGGAAAGACCCCAAAUUUGGGGAGUGGCAUCACUUUCUGGUGGUGAACAUGAAGGGAAACGAUGUAUCCAGUGGAUGUGUCAUGUCCGACUACGUUGGGUCUGGCCCUCCAAAAGGCACUGGUCUCCACAGGUAUGUGUGGCUGGUCUAUGAGCAGUCAGGAAACCUCUCCUGUACGGAGCCCGUCCUCACCAACUGCUGUGGAGACAACCGCGGCAAGUUCAAGAUCCAAGAAUUCCGCCAGAAAUACGGACUGGGAGUUCCCGUGGCUGGAACCUGCUAUCAGGCAGAAUGGGAUAAUUAUGUCCCUAAACUCUAUGAGCAACUGGCUGGAAAAUAAACAAAGGAGUAUUCAGAAAUGAACAUUAUGUAGAUAACUGCAGGAACCACAAUGCCUUUUUUUUUUGCCACACUGAUUUAUUUUACAAUUGUAUUACAUGAGCAAUGCCCUAGAGUUGUUCAUGCUGACUCAUUAAAGUAAUCUCUCUAUCCCCAUGAUAAAACAAAAUAGUUAAUCUUGUUUGGUUUACAAUCUUUAGUCGCUGACCGUUCUCCAACACUGUUUGAAUGAGUUACUCUAUGGUUGCAUCAGUUAUUUUUGUAGACACUCAAGAUAAUGAAAAUGUGGUGGAGUGCUCCUUUAACACAACCUGGCCCUGCAUAAACCAUUCAGUGGUGGACCUUGAAUGUGGCCAAGAUGUCACCAUAUGAAUAGGGAGCAUCAGCAAAUUCAAAUCCAUGACUACCUGUAUACAGCAAAACAUGGAUUUCAGUUAAAAAUCCAAUGACAGAUUAGACAGAAGUUGUGUGAUGAGCACUUUAUUUACAAAUAUAAUUAAAAGCUCUGACAGAUUCAUGCUUUCUCUUAAUCCUGGAAAACAAAAUGAAAGUGCAUGCAAAGAUAAAGCAUUUAUUUACUGAUCUGGUUGAUAAGAAAAUACUUUGCAGCUUUUAAAGCAAAAAAAAAAUGAUGAAUUUCAAGAAACACAUUGAGCGAUCGAGUCGACUUACUGAAGGAGGAGUAAUCAUCCAUUAAAAAAAGAAACAUUUGAAUAACAAUUAAAAUACGAAAAUAAGUAAAAGCUCUACAUAAAUUGUCCUAUACACAAAAUACAUGUCCCUCCCCCUGCGACAAAGCCCUUUGUGCUACCUGGGAGUAGGGAUUCACAUGGGCGCCGUCUCUAAUCACACCCCUAUUGCCCUAUAAGUACUGCACUACAUAGGGAAUAGUGUGCAAUUCCAGACGUAAUAUUCACAUUUACAUGCCAGUGCAGAAAAUCAGUGGAGUACCAGGGUGCAUUGCAAGUCUCUCUCCUCAGUGUCCCUCCCAAGUCAAGUUUAUAAUCAAACUGAUUCACGUACCAAUAUGUACAUUAUGACUUAAAACAUGUUCUCAACAUAUGAAAUUGCUUAAAAUUUUUACAUAAAAAUGUCCUGAUGAAUAUAAAUCUAAAAAAAGAGUUGAAGGAUCAGUUUGUUUUUGGGCUUGAAGUUUUGCACAGUUUUAACCAAUUAUUAACCUCUAAUGUGUGAUCAUUGAGCAACACCACAUUAUUCACUUAUCGUUGUGCUCGUUCUGUCUUAUUCUCCCUCUGGUUUCUGCUUAGUCACACUACAAGUGCCAUCACUGCACAAGAAACAGGAACACUGACAUUGUAUUGUUAUUCUUUAAAAGAAAUAAAGCCUAGGAAGUUGUCUAGCA